GUCUGCCUCCGAGUCCUGAGUGCUGGGAUUAAAGGCGUGUGCCACCACUGCCCAGCAAGACUAUGAAUCUUAAAGUUACUCAUUUAGGUGUGAGAUGUGUGCAAAAGUCCCGUUAGAUAAAUAUAUAAGUACCACUGAAUGUAAAGACUAGAAUGUGCUAAUUUGAAUGGUUCAGCUAAGUAUACCAUUAUUGCCAAAAAAUACUAGUGUAUCUGUGAGUACAAAGUAUCUGAUCUAGCUUUAGGAAAUAAUGAGAGCUACUUUGGCAUUGACCUGACUUAAUCCUGACGUUUGAACAGUAGGAUCAUGUAUGUUUUUCUUUUGAUAGAGUCUCGCUGUGUAGCCCUAGCUGGCCUCAAACUCACAGAGAUCCAGUUGCUUCUUUCUCCCAACUGCUGAACUAAAGGUGUACACCACCACACCUGGGCAAAGAUUUAUAUGUGUGUAUAUAUGUCUAUGUAAGUAUAUGCUACGUGUCUGGAUGCCUAUUGAGUCUAGAAGAGCACAUCUGAUCCCAUUACUUGGGAACCAAACCUGAGUCCUGAUAGAGCUAUCUCUCUCUCCAGCCCAUCAUAUCACAUUACUUAGCUUCCAGAGGCUGAGUAACAUUUUUUAGCAUCACAGAGCUAGUAUAUGGCAGAGCAAGGGAUUCAGCACAGCUGUUUUACUCCUGGGUAGAUUAUCAGUCACUCACUGAAUUUUACCAUCUUUUCUAGCAAAUAGCAGCUUUACUGACAUCCCUACCUCUCGAGAAGUUUGACAUUGAAGUCUAUAUAUCAAACCAGAAACUAUGUUCCAACUUCCUGUCAACAAUCUUGGCAGUUUAAGAAAAGCCCGGAAAACUGUGAAAAAAAUACUUAGUGACAUUGGGUUGGAAUACUGUAAAGAACAUAUAGAAGAUUUUAAACAGUUUGAACCUAAUGACUUUUAUUUGAAAAACACUACAUGGGAGGAUGUAGGACUGUGGGACCCUUCACUUACAAAAAACCAGGACUAUCGGACAAAACCUUUUUGCUGCAGUGCUUGUCCGUUUUCCUCCAAAUUCUUCUCUGCCUACAAGAGUCAUUUCCGGAAUGUCCAUAGUGAAGACUUCGAAAAUAGGAUACUCCUUAAUUGCCCUUACUGUACCUUCAAUGCAGAUAAAAAGACUUUGGAAACACACAUUAAAAUAUUUCAUGCUCCAAACUCCAGCGCACCGAGUAGCAGCCUCAGCACUUUCAAAGAUAAAAACAAAAACGAUGGCCUUAAACCUAAGCAGGCUGACAAUGUAGAGCAAGCCGUGUAUUACUGCAAGAAGUGCACUUACCGAGACCCUCUUUAUGAGAUCGUCAGGAAGCACAUCUACAGGGAACAUUUUCAGCACGUGGCAGCACCGUACAUUGCGAAGGCAGGAGAAAAAUCACUCAAUGGUGCAGUCCCCUUGGGCACAAAUGCCCGAGAAGAGUGUAACAUCCACUGCAAGCGAUGCCUUUUCAUGCCCAAGUCCUAUGAGGCUUUGGUACAGCAUGUCAUUGAGGACCAUGAGCGCAUAGGCUAUCAGGUCACGGCCAUGAUUGGGCACACAAAUGUUGUUGUGCCCCGAGCCAAACCCUUGAUGCUGAUUGCACCCAAACCUCAAGAGAAAAAGGGCAUGGGACUCCCACCAAGAAUCAGUUCCCUUGCUUCUGGAAAUGUUCGGUCUUUGCCAUCACAGCAGAUGGUGAAUCGACUGUCAAUACCAAAGCCUAACUUAAACUCAGCAGGAGUCAACAUGAUGUCCAAUGUUCACCUGCAGCAAAACAACUAUGGAGUCAAAUCUGUAGGCCAGAGUUACGGUGUUGGCCAGUCAGUGAGGCUUGGUCUAGGUGGCAACGCUCCAGUUUCCAUCCCUCAGCAGUCUCAGUCUGUGAAACAGUUACUUCCAAGUGGAAAUGGGAGGUCCUAUGGGCUAGGUGCUGAGCAGAGGCCCCCGGCAGCAGCCAGGUACUCCUUGCAGACUGCCAACACCUCUCUACCCACAGGCCAAGUGAAGUCUCCCUCUGUGUCUCAGUCACAGGCAUCUAGAGUAUUAGGUCAGUCCGGUUCUAAACCUCCACCAGCAGCCACGGGCCCUCCUCCAAGCAACCAUUGUGCCACCCAGAAGUGGAAAAUAUGUACAAUCUGUAAUGAGCUUUUUCCUGAGAAUGUCUAUAGUGUUCACUUCGAAAAGGAACAUAAAGCAGAGAAAGUCCCAGCAGUAGCUAACUACAUUAUGAAAAUACACAAUUUUACUAGCAAAUGCCUCUACUGUAAUCGCUAUUUGCCCACAGAUACCCUGCUCAACCAUAUGUUAAUUCAUGGUCUGUCUUGUCCAUAUUGCCGAUCAACCUUCAAUGAUGUGGAAAAAAUGGCAGCACACAUGCGAAUGGUUCACAUUGAUGAAGAGAUGGGGCCUAAAACGGAUUCUACUUUGAGUUUUGAUUUGACAUUGCAACAGGGGAGUCACACCAACAUCCAUCUUCUAGUGACCACAUACAACUUAAGGGAUGCUCCAGCAGAAUCAGUUGCUUACCAUGCCCAAAAUAAUGCCCCAGUUCCUCCAAAGCCACAGCCAAAAGUUCAGGAAAAAGCGGAUGUCCCUGUUAAAAGUUCACCUCAAGCUGCAGUGCCCUAUAAAAAAGAUGUUGGGAAAACCCUUUGCCCUCUUUGCUUUUCAAUCCUAAAAGGACCCAUAUCUGAUGCGCUUGCACAUCAUUUACGAGAAAGACACCAAGUUAUUCAGACAGUUCAUCCGGUUGAGAAAAAGCUAACUUACAAAUGUAUUCAUUGCCUUGGUGUGUAUACUAGCAACAUGACAGCCUCAACCAUCACCCUUCAUCUAGUCCACUGCAGAGGUGUUGGGAAAACCCAGAAUGGCCAAGACAAGACGAAUGCACCUUCUCGGCUCAAUCAGUCUCCAGGUCUGGCUCCUGUGAAGCGCACCUAUGAGCAAGUAGAGUUUCCUCUGCUAAAAAAGCGGAAGCUGGAGGAUGACAGUGACUCCCCCAGCUGCAUUGAAGAGAAGCCUGAAGAGCCUGUUGUUUUAGCUUUAGACCCCAAGGGUCAUGAAGAUGAUUCUUACGAAGCUAGGAAAAGCUUUCUCACAAAAUACUUCAACAAACAGCCCUAUCCCACCAGGAGAGAAAUUGAGAAGUUAGCCGCCAGUCUAUGGCUAUGGAAGAGUGACAUUGCUUCCCAUUUCAGUAACAAGAGGAAGAAGUGUGUCCGUGACUGUGAGAAGUACAAGCCUGGUGUGCUGCUAGGCUUUAACAUGAAAGAACUAAAUAAAGUCAAGCAUGAGAUGGAUUUUGAUGCUGAGUGGCUAUUUGAAAAUCAUGAUGAGAAGGACUCAAGAGUCAAUGCUAGUAAGACUGUUGACAAAAAGCUUCACCUUGGGAAGGAAGAUGGCAGCUUCUCAGAUAGUUUUGAGCAUUUAGAAGAGGAAUCCAAUGGAAGUGGCAGCCCUUUUGACCCUGUCUUUGAAGUUGAGCCUAAAAUUCCUAGUGAUACUUCAGAGGAGCAUGUACCGAAGGUAAUUCCUGAGGAUGCUUUGGAUUCUGAGAAACUAGACCAAAAAGAGGAGGAGGAUGGUUCAAAGUAUGAAACUAUCCAUUUGACUGAGGAACCAACCAAACUAAUGCAUGAUGCCUCUGACAGUGAGGUAGACCAAGAUGAUGUAGUUGAGUGGAAAGAUGGUGCUUCACCAUCUGUGAGUGGCCCUGGUUCCCAACAGAUAUCAGACUUUGAGGAUAACACGUGUGAAAUGAAACCAGGAACCUGGUCUGAUGAGUCUUCCCAGAGUGAAGAUGCAAGGAGCAGUAAGCCAGCUUCCAAAAAAAAGGCUAUGGUGCAAGAUGACACAGAGCAGUUGAAAUGGAAGAAUAGUUCCUAUGGAAAGGUGGAAGGGUUUUGGUCGAAGGACCAAUCACAGUGGGAAAAUGCAUCUGAGAAUGCAGAGCGCUUACCAAACCCACAGAUUGAGUGGCAGAAUAGCACAAUUGACAGUGAGGAUGGGGAUCAGUUUGACAGCAUGACUGAUGGAGUUGCUGAUCCCAUGCAUGGCAGCUUAACUGGAGUAAAACUGAGCAGCCAGCAGGCCUGACGGCCUGGCGCUCCACGGCACAUGGGCCAUGUUGCAUCCUGGACCUCUGUUAUGACUGCAAAGCUGUCUUCUAACUGGCAAUGCCUUGCAAGGACUGGUCAGUCAACAAGCUGUUGGGGACAUGUGACCACUAUAGUCACAGUGGUUAUUUCUAAGUCUAUGACAUGUGAUUGGUUGAUCUUGCUUCAGACCCUUCUCUGGUAGACUCAGUAAUGGAGUGUAAAAAAACCAGUAAGCUGGUGGCUCAUGAAUGCACACAGGGAAAAGCAGUUUGUUACCUGCCUUUGCAGCAUUUUUUUCCCUUGGUAAGAUGUUUGGUUGGAUGUCCUGAGAAAGCCUUACCCUGAUUCACAUAGUAGUGCAGGGCGGGCAUACAUGCUACCAGUCAGGUGUGUCUAGUAGACUUGGGAACUUGGACCUUUUUUCGUGUAUUCAUUCUGAAUAGUUGAAAAUGUAUAUUUGUACAGUCUUUUAGACCUCAAGUGAUGCUUAUGACACUGUUACUGUGUGCCCGUCAUAGAUUGGUUUCUAGUGUUGCCCUUGCUGUGUGAUAAAUGCUAUAUCUAGUUUACCCAGCAGAAGCUUGACCCUGCGAUAGUGUGGACCUUUGGACAGACUUAGUUUUUGCACAUAACCUUGUACAAUCUUGCAACAGAGGCCAGUGACAUAAGAUAUAAAUCUGGACUCUCCUGUAUUAUAGAAUUUUUUCUUGUUCUGAGUAUCCUUGACAUUACAAUUGUCAAAAUUGAUAUUUCAGAUCUCUUUCUGAGACCUUUUAAGCUAAAGUAACAUGCAAGAAUUGAUUUUACAGCUACUAAUUUUGACACCUUUUAGAUCUGUAAGAGUGUUGUCAGAGCAGCAAGCACAGUUGAGUGCUGCAUUUGGGAUAUUUAGUUUCCUCUUUAGUUGAGCACCGCCGGGUGUAUUCAUUUAUACCAUCUAAUAUAUGACACACUGUUGUAGUAUGUAUGAUUUUUGUGGUCUUUAUUUCCCUUUGUAUUCAUUUUAAGCAUCUAAAUAAAUUGCUGUAUUGUGCUUAAUGUAAAUAUUUGCUUUUAUUAUACAUGUCAGUCCUGUGUGUCCAUUACAUCUUUUGCCGUUUGAUGCCACAGCACCCUGAGCAGAGAUGGAAGCUACACUGACGAAGAAAACUUGUGAGAAACUGCAAUCUGUCAUUUGCCUAAAGCAUGCUUUCUCUCCAGGUACCGCCUACAAAUUUUUUACUGUGUGUAUAGUGUUUCCUUUUUGCUACAAAAGUAAACGUCCUUGAAGGUUUUGGUUUCCCUUUUUGAUAAGGAGCAGAGCUUGGAUCUGUAUGUAAAUCCAUAGAUAUGUUGGCCCCCUAAUGGUCUUUCUUCCCGCUUUCUGUAUGGCAACAGCUGUACCAGACAGGCAGUUGCUUUGCCUCUGGAGUCCUUUGGCCAUUUUGUUCUGAAGAGAAAGACUGAAUUGCACACAUUUGGGGGCACUUGGCACUGAAGGAGCUGGUAGAUUGAUUACACAGAGACUUCCAUGAACAGGCUAAAUGCAGAACACAGUAAGGAGGCAGAAGUGGCAUAGCGUCUAAGAUGGGACAUGACUGGGGUAGGUAAGCUACCUCGCAGGAUUGUGAGCCUCCUUGCAAGGAAAGCUGUUUUCCUGACCUGAAAACAGUAAAGGAAAUAGACCUUUCCUAAAUCAUUCUUGCCAUGAUAUAUUAUGAAUGUGUGCAGCAGCUAUGAUUCAGGGAAAGUUAUCUCCAUAGCCACAUGCUACAGACACCCAAAUCGGAAACACCAGCUGAUAUUUAAGCCACCUCCCACUCAUGUGGGAAUCUAGCCUAAGCUCUGCCUAGACCACAUUAGACUGUUGCGGUAGUGUGGAAGUGAGGUAGGGCUCGUGGUCCUUCUAGACAUCUGAGGGAGACCCGGGUGCUACCUUGCCAAAUGGAUGGAUGGGUAUGAGACCUCUAGCACCAAAGGGUUUAGCCACCACGGUAGAAAUGGGUUCCUAAAUGGAAAUAGUGCUGAAGCUCUGAGAGUCUCUCAAUAAAAGCCAUUUUGAAAGAACCCCUUUGAUCCUGUUUGCUUUUGGCUGAAUCUGACAGUCAUUAACCAUACCUUGCACUUUAGAAACUGUGAAACUCUAAGCUUAAACAUUCUAUAGAUUUUUUAAAGGAAUCUUAAUCCCAGAUGUCAUUGCAUUUUUGCACUUGAAAUUUUGUGUGGCUGUAAGUUCUAGUUCAUGAUUCCAGUGGACGGCUGUUUCUCCCCCUCUGCAUCUCCCAUCAUUAUGGGGGGCAUAAAAGAUUCAUCCAGCUGUCUAAAAUACAGGAAGAGUCAAAGUCCCUGCUUGCCUAAGUGUGUGUCCAUUUGGUCUCAGUGUUUGCUGUUGGCAUAGUGAGAGGCCAAGUAUUUAAAGAUGGGAACUCAACAGCUGAAGCAUUGCAAGAGUGAGUGUUCUGACUACUCAUCAGGUGAUCUCUCCACACACACAAGUUCCUCCUGGCCUCUACCUCACUGCCAAAAUGGGACCCAAAAAUCUCCAAGUGGCUCCCUGCCCUUGGCCUCAGAUGAUAAAGAACCUCUUAAUGUGGACUGAACUUUACAGGAUUGUUUUGAGCAAUGGUUGAUUCUACCCAUUGCCACUAUUUAUAACCCUGCUGUUACCAACCAGAAGCCUGGUUCCAUAUAGCAUUCAUGUGAAAGUCUGGGAAAUCCCAAAGACGACAAAGGGUGAAGACUGCCUGUGAUAACAUUCCGGCGUGGCAGCAAGCAAUUGGCUGUAAAUCUAAAAUGGCACCUCCACACCUCCAGGGAACCUGGUUUCAAAUGGCACCCAGUUCUAUCCUGAAGGGUUGGCCAGUAAGCAUCUGACCCCUUUUCUAUCGGCUGGAACUUGAACUCAAGACUCGAGUUUACUGUCGUGUGAUUGCAGGCCUCUGUUGAGGAUGACUGAAAGUAAAGGUGAUCAAGACACUCCCCUGGGAAUCUUCAGGUUGCACUUGCAAAGUUCUUCAAGUGAAGGCAUGGGAAAGGAAGACUACAUCACAACAGGUUUCUUGCAUUCAGAUACGAUCUUCAUGUGAUCUCCGUCCAGUGCACCAUCUGACCUCCCGGUGUGAGACCACUUAGACAAGUUUGCAGUUUACAACUUUGUGUACCCUUAGGUCUUAGGAGCAAAAAAAAUGUACCCAAUAGAGUUACCUUUCAGGAGCUAAUAAAGUACCUGAAAUAAAAGGGCCUUUCCAGUGUACUGGCUGCUAAGCCCAAUGUCAGCAGGGUUCUUGGGGCAGCCAUCUGCAAACAGAAAGAUGCUCCUUGGAGCUGAUGGAGGGCAGCCUCCAAGAUGAACCUGCUGCUCUGGGGUGCAUGUCCAACUGGAGCCUGGCCUCAAUAGUCAGUUCCUGGAGAAGCUCCACCCUGGCUGGCCUGGGGUGUGUGGGGGGGCAUGCAGCUGACAGUAAGGUUCAAAGUCUUAAUCAAGGGGAUGGGGGGAUCUCAAGUCUAUUCACCACACACACCCUGCAGUCUUGGUGUUGCCUAAAGCCCUAUUGCACAAGAAAGGCUUCCCUGGCUGGGAGUUGAAAGAUGUGUCUAAACUUUCACAUUGAACUUGCUGCCUCCUGUUUGAAAUCACUUGCAUUUUUCUGGUGUGGGGGCACAGAUUAAACCUAGUGUUCAGUCACCUUGCAGAUAUGUGUGGUUCUGGGAAUGGAACCCAAGAUUUCUGCUUGCUAGGCAAGUACUGUGCUCGCUGCACCAUCUCCCCAGUCUAUGCUAUUGCCAGCUUUUGCUGUGUGCUGAGGGCUCCUAGUCUGGUGGAGCACACGUGUAGUCUCAGCACUUAGGGGCUGCAGAUGUCUGUAAGUUGAAGUCUGAGGUACAGACUUCCUCUCAUUUGAGGGAGGUAAUAAAUAAAAAUCAGAGUAUGAUCUAGGACUUACAGUGCCACUGAGAUUACCUCCCCUCCCCCCUUGAUUCUGGAAAGGUGAAAGGCUCUCAGGAGACUUACCAGCUGAACUCAUUGCCCUGGUGUGGUAGGUGGCACCAGAGAUGAAUUGCAAGCCCAAGUGGGACCCUAGCUCCAGCCCUUUGCAGCAAAGUUUACUUCCUUAGCAGUGAUGACCCAGGUGGCCUUGUACACAUCGUGCUCCUUGAGGUCAGAAGAUGACUGGUCGGUUCUUUUCUUGGGUUCCAGGGAUCAAACUCAGGUCACUAGGCUUACUCAGCAAGUGCCUUUAUCCACAGCCAUCAUUCUGACCCCCAAAUCUCUGAGAUAACCAGAACCCUCAUCAAAGAAGGUCAAGCUCAAGCAGAUAGUGGUUAGCUGCCAGGGGACUGACUGCUAAGUGAUGCCAUCAGCAACAGCUCAGGGUCUUAAGUGCUUCACCAUCAUUCUAGGCAGACACCUGCUUUUGAGGCACUGCCCUAGGAAGGGGCUCCCCUCCAGUAUUGAGCAAAAUACCUGAAUUGACCCAUUGCCUGGUGGAAUGAGUUUAGCCUAGAGCCACUGCCACCAGCACAGUGGACAGAACAUCUUGGCUGCCAUCUGUUAAAUCUAUUGACACAAAUCAGAAACAAGUUUGAGCUAGCUCCAUCAAAGAUAUGAGAGAUGAUAGGAUGCUGUACUCACAGUCUUUGAUCAUCCUUGCCAACUGGAGGUGAGUCCCCUGGACAACAUAUACUGGACAGCCUUAUGGUUGUUCUGGGUCCCUCCAGAGGGCCUGUGGGAUUGGUUGGUAUACAAGGACCAGGACAAAUAGAUGCCAGCCAGACUGCCAGCAACUGGAAUUGCAGAGAACAUGUAUUCCAGAGACUGCCCAGACAUCUAUUCACCAGUCUCCUUGCGGUAAGCUCCUUGGUGCUAAGGAUACCAAAUCCAGCACCCACUGGGGCCAGCCCUGCAUAGAAAGUCUGAAGACAGUUGUUCUAAACGCUCAUAGCCAGGGCUAUGGAGAUGGUUCAACCUGUAAGAGUGCUUGCUGGACUUCAGUUCCUAGCAACCACACCCUAGCAUGCUUAAAAUAAAAAUAAAUAAUUGCCACAAGCCUGGGGUGUACUCUAUUUUUUGUUUCUUAAUAUGAAUGUAUGUGCCAUGUGUACAGGUGCCCGUGGAAAUCAGGAAGUCAGAAGAGCCUCAGCUCCCCCGAGCUGGAGUUACAGGCAGUUGUGAGCUGCCCACAUUGUGGGUGCUGGGAAGAGACUAGUCCUCUGUAAGAACAAGCAUUCAACUGCUGAGCCAUCUCUCCAGCCCUAUAGAUAGCCAUUUUUAUGUGGAAUAUCCUGGGAGGCAGAGAUUGUUGGCAGAUUCUGUUUUGUUUUCCCAGAUAAAGUUUCUCUGUGUUGCCCUGCCUGCCCUGGAGCUCACUUGUAUAGAUGGGCUAGCUUUGAACUGACAGAAAUCAGCCUGCCUCUGCCUCCCAAGUGCUGGGAUUAAAGACUUGCACUACCACUGACCUGACACAGACUUUUGAAUAGGAAUUUUUGAUUAGGUAAGUAAAAUGGGUUUUUGAAUAGGAAAGCACACCAAGAUACCAAAAAGAGAAGAAAGCAGUGAAAAGGACUUCAUGGAACAGAACCACUAGGUUUUCAUCCUGAGAGCAUCUCAUCACCAUGCCGUGCCCUCACACCUUGUUUACCUCUUCUUCCUCUUCAUAUCUUGGUAAUAUGUUUCCAUCAGCUCAUGAGGAACUCCCAACCCAUCUUCUCCACUUUAUGGCACCCUACCCUGUGGACCAGCCAGGACAGGAGCAUUCCCCUCAAGGAACACUUGGAGCUUGGGGUGUGGCUCAGCUGGUAGAGGACUUGCUGAGCAUCCAGGAAGUGCUCAGUUCCAUCCCCAGCACCAAGUGAGUUGAGUGUGCUGGUGCAAGCUUGUCAUCCUAGCAGGCGAGGAGGCAGAAGGGUCAGGAAUGAACAGAGUCCAGGGCUCUUCCGCUGCCUUUCGUUUCUCCAAGGCAAUUGCACUGUAUAGUUCUGAUUGUCCUUGUUUCUGUUUUAUUUAACGUUUUACUGUGCAGCUAAGGCUUUGACAUCAGAACCCUGCCUCAGCCUUUCAAGUAGCUGGGACCAGGUAUGAGCCACCAUGCUCAGCUGGCAUUUGUCAUUUCUUUGUAAUGUCUGCAAGCUGGGUUCCUAGAGGUGGCAUUCCCCACAGUCCUCAUUGUGACAGACACUGCCAGUUGUCCACAAGAAUGGUGUCCAUCAUCGUUAACAGGGUGUGACCAAAAUUUCAUCAGCAGUGCCAUCAAGCUGUUGAUAGUAAUUAUAGGCAAGUGCCUGACCACAUUCCUGCCCCAUCACGGUGAUGUCAGGCAGAUCUCAAGUUCAAGGCCAGCCAGGACUACAUAGUGAGACCCAACCUAAAACAAAAACCAAAAACAGGAGGACUAAGAAGAUGGAGAAGAGCUGCUAAGUGUGAAGACUUCCCUACACCCAUGUAAAGCCAGGAGUUGUAGCACACGCAUCGACAUGUGGUAAGACAGAAAGUGGAAGCAGGAGACCCACAUACAUAGUGGCAGGCAGCAGCGAUGAGAAAGCCCUUGUUAGACAAGUUAGAAGGUGAAGACUGCUACCCAAGGUUGUCCAGUGACCUCCACACAUGCUCCAUGGCACAUGCACACCCACACUCAACAGUAACAAAAAGGAUCACAAUUGGGGUUUCUUAGUCACUAUGGUUAAGCCCCUUAGUGUCUAUACUUUUGUGGAAUGCUUGCUUACAUUCUUUGCCCAUUUUCCUAGUUUUUUAUUGUAGAUGCUGUUUACAUAUUAAGUCAUCUCUUUGAACAUGAUUAGUGUUGAAUUUGCUUAACAUUUUAUAAGGUCAGAGACAUGGCUCAAUCAGGUAAAGGUGUUUGCCACCAAACCUUACCAUCUAAAUUCAAUCCCAGAGCCUGUAAGGUAGGGGGAGAGUACUGACUUACUCAAGUUGUCCUUUUUCCUCCAUACUCAAGCUAUGGCACACGUGCACACACAAUAUAUUAAUAGUAAAUGAAUGUAAAAAUAAAGAUUUAUUUUUUAAAACUAUCAAGUGUGACGUGUAGCAGUUUCUUCCCAGAUUGGAACAUUUUGUCCAGCAGACAAACAGCUCAAUAGCUUCAGGAAGUUCCUGAAACUGACCAGGUUCAGUAGCCCAUCCUUCCCAGGAGUAAGCAAUAAAGACUACUGAGAGUCGCUCUCAGACUACCCAGGCUACAAAGAAGACUCUCAGAGACCAGCCCGCUGCCGGACAGAGGACCAGACCAACUGAGUCACCUGGAAAGGACACUCUCCAACCUGUUGAGAUGCCUGCAAGCUGUGGACUGUGCCCAGGUUCCCUCUUUCAAGAGCUGUCACCCGUGCUGGGGUGGACACUUGGUGAUGUGACUGUCUUUGUGUCAUUUCUGCUCCUGUAAGUAACUCCUAUUACUCCUAAUAAAACUCAUUGGUUCAGUAA